AUGGAUGCUGCUGUUAUAAGUUUCGGAAACAAGAGCAAUCCAGCAAUAACUCAAACAACCACAGCAACUAUUACCACAGCAACAAUAAAUAUGUUUUGCGGACCUUCAUGUGUAAACACGACAAUAUCAACAUCGUCACGCUUAGCAUUUUAUUCAUUUGAUAAUAGCACUUCUGAUGCAACGGGUUAUUAUUCAAUGAGUGGUAUUGCUUCUCCAAAUUAUGUUCGUGGAUGGAUUGGUUCAGCUAUUAAUUUUAGUUAUAACAAUACACAAUUCCUCUCAACAUCUCAUAUUCCACUUAAUUCACGUUCAUUUACAAUUGAUUUCUGGUUCUAUGCUACCGAUGUUAGUAGUACUUUAGAUUUUAGUUUUGGAGGUGAAAUGCAAUCUUCUUCAAACAGUAAAUGUCUAUUUAUGAAUAUUCGCAACAAAGUUCUUUAUUUUGGAUUUUAUUCUGCUGAUACAGCUGGAACCACUAAUAUUUCAAUCAAUCAAUGGUAUCAUGCGGCAUUUGUGUAUGAUAAUAGUACUAAACGACAAUCCAUAUAUUUGAAUGGAAUAUUAGAGAAAAGCUCAAUACUUAAUAAAGCUUUUUUAGCAAAUAAUGGAUCUUUUACAAUUGGUGGAGCAUAUAUUGGUGGUGGUACAACUCCAAUUGUAUACUAUUCAGGUUAUAUUGAUCAUUUUACAAUUAGUUCUCGAAUAAAAAGUCCAUGUGAGAUUUAUCUUGCUGCUACACUUGCUUGUUAUUUUCGGUUUGACUCAAUUUCAUUACUGAUUGAUUCGGGUCCAAACUUUUUAACAGCAACCAAUACGGGUGCAAUAACAACAGCAGUAGCAGGUCGAGUCAAUCAAGCAUUACAAUUUUCAUCUAUAUUAUCUUAUGUUACUAUUAAUGGAAUAAGUGUUUUAAGUUCUACUAACAAUGCUUUUACAAUAUCUAUGUGGAUUAAACCAACUAGUGUGACUGGAGGUGCAACUCUUAUUCAUGCAUCAACACAACCCGAUGGUAAAGGUGAUUGUCUAGCUAUGUGGGGUUUGACUUCGACUGGUCUUAUGACUGUUAAUAUUAUCGAUAUGUCGAAUAAUAUUGUUACGAUGACAACUUCUUCUGCACUACCACUCAAUACAUGGACACAUAUUGCUCAAGUAUUCAGUUCAAUAGGUGGAAACUUACUAUAUAUUAAUGGAACAUUUGUAGCAAGUGUAAGUACUGUAACACGUCGACCAGCUGGACCAUAUACGAUUCUUGGAGCAUCACCAGCCAAUACAAGCUAUUGCAAAGCAGGAUCAAUUUCAAUGGGUCAAUUUUCGGGUAGUAUCGAUGAAUAUUAUGUAUUUGAACGAGCAUUGACAUCAAUAGAUAUCUGUCGUUUAGCUAAUCCUUGA